AUGCAUCCACUGGGGGUAGCUGCUCCGUUGCUGGUUUUGCUGGCGGCGAACGGCACUACGGUGCUGGACUGUGUCUGCGAUAAGAUCUACACCUCCAACUUCGAGGGCUACGGUGCAGACUGGAUAUAUCGCGCCUACUGUAGAGAAUUCAGACGCACUGACGUGUUGAUAGCCUGCAAGACCCUCGAGUAUCGGUCCAUCGCGGAGCGUGCCAUGCUUCGCCUGAUAACGAGCUGGACGCUGGCACGCUAUAGCGUCGGGUGCGACGACGGCCUGGCUGCUCUCGCCGGCCUCACUGACGCCACGGCCAACAACCAGCUCGCUAUGGACCUCGCGUGCUUCGUCGCUGCCGACUGCAUAGACUCCUGCUCUGCGUCGGGGUCUAACAUCACGGAGUGGAACGUGGAAACGCUGACCUCAGACGAUCAGAGGGAUCCUGUCCUCUCCAAAUUACUGCGCACCCUUCGGCACAUCACAAAAGCCAUACGCCUAGGCAGAAUAUGCGCCGGGCGCCAAAAAUGGAAUUUUCUCCAGCGGCACUUGAACAAAACAGAAUUGCAGGCCGAGGUGCCCGCCUAUCUGGAACACGUCUCCAGCUACUCACGGGAUGUUGCGCAGUUGCUGUCACAUGGUGUGAGGCACAUAUCAGCAGCUUUAGUUCCAUUCGCAUUCGAGAUCAUGAAAAUGGACCCGAAUGAUGAGCAACUCAGUACCUGGAUUAAUCACGUGGAGCAUAUGAGGGACAUGCUACACACGAAAUUAAGGGGUUGGGUACAAGAUAUGCAAUAUGUCAGCGAGCAGGCAGCGAAUUACAAGGUGGAAGAAGACAAGAAGUCGCCUGGGAAGUAUAUAAUAAGGCGAGGAGUGGCAGCUGGAGGACAAAAGCAACGCUACGCUGUCCGUGGACACUGGCUGCAUGCAGCUGUUGGCCAACGGCCUGGACCACCCCACGUGCCCACUGGAAGACCUGCCUCCGGAAACCACUAAGCGGCGCGAGCAGUGCCGCCUUCAGCUGUGGCACGACCUGUCGCAGGGGUCGCCCCACAUACCCGUCACCAGCUACCUGGCCUACACGCAGAGGGCCAACGUCAACCUCUGCCUCUUCGCCUGGAUGACUGUCAACUCGAUCAGCAUUUGCCAGGACGUCCCCUUCAGUAUGAUUCAGUCUGUGCGCGAUGCCCGCUGCGUUUUCGGUGGUCCUGACGACCAACCCUGCCCGCAACUCAACGCAACCGACGCCGUCUGCUCUGUUUGCAGGGCUAUUCUCCUGCUGAAGUGUCGCGAUUUUGCUUCCACAAGUUAUCUCGAGGCAUGUCGCGCCCCCAUGGACCACCGUGGUUGGUACUCACCAAACCAUGGAUAUUACAUACAGGAGAAAGACAAGCCGACAAACAGAAUACUGAGCUACAAAGAGAAUCUAAACAGUGGCACCUUGAAGUACAGGGAUUUUAAAAUCGACGGCUUAGAACCUUUAGAAAUAACGUUUGUAGCAGUGAAUAUUCUCUUCCGAUUUUUGACUGCCGCGGUGUACGUGUACCUUCCCAAUUUACGUAACUUGCCCGGAAAGAUAUUCUUGUCCUUUCAGAUAACAGGUAUGAUCCAGAUCUUGUUUUCUGAGGUCUUGUAUCGUAUGGCCGGUGUCCCCGACUUAUCUACGACGGUGCAGAUCGAUAGCGCACUAACUCUUCUGAGCUGUAUCUGGCUCAACUCAUUCUGCUACCAAAUGUACGCAUGCGUUCGUCACCUCAGGCUUCCUAGCGACCUAGAACGUGCUGAAGUGAGGAAGGUAUUCCGCCGUCAGCUGUUGUGUUCGCUAAUACCCUGGAGCGUAGUACUGGUGGCAACCAUUGCUUUGGAAAGAACGAGCGAAUAUUACCUGUUGCACAGUCGGGUAAUAUUCAUCGUCGGAAUUUCUCUGUCAGUAGCUUACAAUAUUGUUUGCCUUGGACUGG